AUGACGACAGAUGAUGACGAUGGACGCAGCAUGACAACAAUAACUUGCGGCCUGUCGGCCAAUAAUGGCACUUACACCUUUGCAAGCAGCCCUUCCAUAAUAUGUGUCAUAUUAUAUAUUUUCCUCGGUGUGUUAUCUGUCGUAACAAUAUGUGGAAACCUUCUUGUAAUAAUCUCCAUCAUCUACUUUAAACAACUUCACAUCCCCACUAACUACCUGAUUUUGUCUCUGGCUGUGGCUGAUGUUCUUGUUGGGGUUCUAGUGUUUCCUUUCAGCAUGGCGGUCACUGUAACCUCCUGCUGGUACUAUGAAGGACUACUCUACAGGUACUACGCUGUGUGUCAGCCUCUCACAUACAAAAAUAAAAUAAAUGAUCGUGUUACAGUGAUCAUGAUACUGGUUAGUUGGGGAGUUGCUGCUCUCAUUGGCAUCGGCAUCAUAAUUGCAGGAUUCAAUCAAGGAAAAUGUGAGGGAAGUUGCCUAAUUGAUGCUCUAAUAUCAACCACACUAGCAUGUAUUUUCUCCUUCUAUAUUCCAGUCAUAAUAAUGCUGUGUAUCUACUUAAAGAUUUUCCUUGUUGCUCAAAAACAAGCAAACAGCAUCCAGUCCACAAAAUCUGGAACAACUGUCAGUAAGAUGGAGAGAAAAGCGACUAAAACUCUGGCUAUAGUGUUGGGAGUUUUCCUUUUAUGCUGGACUCCGUAUUUUCUUUGUAUGAUCUUUCAGCCUCUAACUUAUGAAGUAACUCCAAUUUCUCUGAUUGAAACACUAAACUGGCUCACACUGUCAAACUCAAUGCUCAAUCCAUUUAUUUAUGCUUUCUUUUACAGCUGGUUCAGAUCAGCUUUCAGAAUGAUAAUUUCUGGGAAAAUAUUUCAAGGCAAUUUUGCAAGCACAAAACUGUUUUAA